GGCUCCUGAAGGCUGGCCGCUCCUUCUGGGUGUCACGGCUGCCCUGUCCUUCCUAGAUAAUGGCACCAAAUUCUCCUGAGGCUAGGGGGGAAGGAGUGUCAGAGUGUCACUAGCUCGACCCCGGGGACCAGGGGGACUAAUAGUACCCUAGCUUGAUUUCUUCCUAUUCUCAAGUUCCUUUUUAUUUCUCCCUUGCGUAACCCUCUCUUCCCUUCUGUGCCUUUGCCUGUAUUCCCACCCUCCCUGCUACCUCUUGGCCACCUCACUUCUGAGACCACAGCUGUUGGCAGGGUCCCUAGCCCAUGCCAGCCUCAUCUCCAGGCCACAUGGGGGGCUCAGUCAGAGAGCCAGCCCUUUCGGUUGCUCUUUGGUUGAGUUGGGGGGCAGUUCUGGGGGCUGUAACUUGUGCUGUCGCACUACUGAUCCAACAAACAGAGCUGCAAAGCCUAAGGCGGGAGGUGAGCCGGCUGCAGAGGAGUGGAGGGCCUUCCCAGAAGCGGGGAGAGUCCCCAUGGCAGAGCCUCUGGAAGCAGAGUCCUGAUGUCCUGGAAGCCUGGAAGGAUGGGGCGAGAUCUCGGAGCAGGAGAGCAGUACUCACCCAGAAGCACAAGAAGAAACACUCGGUCCUGCAUCUUGUUCCAGUUAACAUCACCUCCAAGGACUCUGACGUGACAGAGGUGAUGUGGCAACCAGUACUUAGGCGUGGGAGAGGCCUGGAGGCCCAGGGAGACAUUGUACGAGUCUGGGACACUGGAAUUUAUCUGCUCUAUAGUCAGGUCUUGUUUCAUGAUGUGACUUUCACAAUGGGUCAGGUGGUAUCUCGGGAAGGACAAGGGAGAAGAGAAACUCUAUUCCGAUGUAUCAGAAGUAUGCCUUCUGAUCCUGACCGUGCCUACAAUAGCUGCUACAGUGCAGGUGUCUUUCAUUUACAUCAAGGGGAUAUUAUCACUGUCAAAAUUCCACGGGCAAACGCAAAACUUAGCCUUUCUCCGCACGGAACAUUCCUGGGGUUUGUGAAACUAUGAUUGUGUUAUAAAGGGGGGUGGGGAGGGUUUCCCAUUCCAAGAACUGGCUAGACAAAGGACAAGCGAACGGUCAAGAACAGCUCUCCUUGGCUUUGUCUUGACUGUUGUUCCUCCCUUUGCCUUUCCCGCUCCCACUAUCUGGGCUUUGACUCCAUGGAUAUUAAAAAAGUAGAAUAUUUUGUGUUUAUCUCCCA